AGGGUCACAACGCGGUCACACUGGUGGAAUUACAAAAAUUAAUUAAAUUAAACUUAAAGAACUUAAAGGCAAUUAAGGGCACUUACAGCUGCAAUUGGCCAUCGGUGGCGACAUGGAAGCGGAGCAACUGAAGCGUCUGGAGGCCAAGGAGGCGGACCAAAUCCCCGCCAUCCUGGACGAGUUCAACACGAAGCAUGCGGAUCUGCUGAUCUUCGACAGCUUCCGCACGGACAACCAGUGGCACGAGCUGUGGCUGGCCAUCUUUGGCAUCCUCGACGACCAGCAGCUGAGUCACCUGCACACGCAGUGCUUGAAUACAGUGAGGAUUCUCACGCGCGACGAGUUCAGCCUGCAGACGAACUACAUCGAGCAGGAGGUCAAUACGCUGCUGCGUCUGGCCAGGAUUGAGGCUAGUUCCUUGAAGCUGCCCGCCACGCCGGACGAGCUGAAGCAGCAGGAGCAGAAGCAGAAGCAGGAGGAGGAGCAGCAGCCCAGUCCCGGGCAAUCGGAGGUGAUAGCCGAGGCACUCAAGUGCCUGUGCAAUCUGGUCUACCAGAACGCGGACUGCCGGCGGCAGUGCCUGCGCCAGCACUGCCUGGAUGCGAUCCUCAAGCGGGUGGCCUCCUCGAUGCGCCAUCCCUGUGCCCUGGAGUACUACGACAUGAAGCUGCUCUUCCUGCUCACCGCUUUAGAGCCAUCGGCCCGAUCCCGCCUGCAGAUCGACCUGAACGGGCUCACCUACAUGACCAAGUGGCUGGACGACAAGCUGGGCGAGGAGGUGGCCGCCGGCGAGGAGCAGCUGAACAUCAUCUGCGAGCUGCUGAAGGUCAUGUUCAAUGUGACCAGUGCCCCGGACAAGAGUCCCAAUGAGUACGAGAUCCAGAGCCUCCAUUUGACGGGCGUCCUCAGGGAGCUGCUCCUCCGCUUUGGCCAGAUGGCAACGGACAAGGAGCGUGCCGUGAUCACGCAUGCCAUCAAUCUGCUGACCAACAUCUCGGGCAGCUGCCUCACUGAGCUCACACUGCGCUGCUCCAAUGCGGAUAAUGCACUGGAGGAUAGGGAUAAGGAUAAGGAUAAGGAUAUGGCUGGGAAUGCGGAUGCGGAUAAGGGAGCUCAGGCCAAGCCCAAGCCAUGCUGCAGUCAAUGCUUCGAGAAGCGCAAUGUGCGCAGUCUGGCCGUGCUGCUGGGUUACCUGCGGCAAACGCUGGCGCAGCAGGAGGCGGAGGCCAGCUCCUCGCACGAGCUGCUCUCACCGGUGCUCACUGUACUGGUGAAAUGUGCGCGAAGCGAUCGUGUGAUGCGUCACUAUCUGCGGCAGGAGAUACUGCCGCCGCUGAGGGACGUAAGCCAGCGGCCAGAGAUUGGUCAGGAGCUGCGCAAUCACCUGUGCCGCUUCCUCACCCUGCCCGCCAUGAUCCUACGCGAUCUCUCCGCCGAACUGCUCUUUGUCCUGUGCAAAGAGGACGUGGGCCGGAUGAUCAAGUACACGGGCUAUGGCAAUGCGGCCGGGCUGUUCGCCAAGCGCGGCAUUCUCGACUGCCGGCGCGUGGAGGGCGCCGAUAGCUACUCCUCGGACAGCGAGGACAGCGACACCGAGGAGUACAAGCGGCAGCAGGAGGGCAUCAAUCCGGUGCUGGGCUGUGUGGAGCCGCGCGGCCAGCGCAAUCCGCUGGACGGGAUGAGCGAGGAGCAGAAGGAGUACGAGGCCCUCCAGCUGGUCAAUCUGAUCGAGCAGCUGCGCCAGGGCGGCAUCGUCAAGCCGGCGCUGAUCGACAAGGAUGGGCGGCCGCAGCCGCUGGAGCACAUCCUCCAGCUGCAGGAGGAGCUGCCGCAGCAGCAGCUUGAGCAGAAGCGGAAGACCUAAGCCUCCGUACUCCUCAAACCUCGCAUUUAUUUGAUGGCAAAAGUGGCUUUUUGAAUGUGUUCCAAAAGCAGAUUGUUAUUUGUGUAUCCUGUGCGCCAAAAGUAAGGUUUAAAUUAUUAUUUAGUAACACCCAAUGUUUUGCAGUGCACUGCUUCAAGUAUCUAUAAUGAGUAAUCCUGCUUUCUUGUACAUGUUGUAGCCAAACUAUUAUUGAUUUCACUUUAAUGUUAUCAUUGUAUCCCAAAGAGUUACGGAUCUGCAAACUGUUAUCAAUUAUUUAGCUUUGAGUAUAACUUAGUGGCUUUUCCAUUAGUUUUGCCAGUGAUUUAUGCGGAAAUCUGGAGCUGUCACUAGAUAACAAGCCGCUUGAGUCGAUGACUAAAUAUGCAAAACAAUCGUUGGCGUCUUCCGAAUUGCAGGAAGUGGGGAGCACAUCAACUCGAAACGAAGUGAAACCAAAACAGAAUUCUUUUUAUAUACACACAGUUGGGCGAAUUCGACUAAUCUUUGUAACAAUUAAGUGCAUGUAUUUAUAAAGAUUCCAAUUAUACACUUAGCAACUAGAAAUGGGCUAAAAUAAAUCAAAGCUCUGAUGCGCGAUUCUCAAAACUGGGCUUUGGAUUAGAAGUAAUCUGUAUCUCACUACCAGCUCUUAUAAUAUAAAUGUUGUAUGUACUUAACUAUAAUUCAAGAGUCUAGAAUCUAGAGCCUAACUAAACUUACAAGCAAGUCUAUCCAUGACAAACUUGAAAUCCACUUCGAUAUGGAUUUCGUUUUGUUUACCACCUAUCCUCACAUUGUUUUUUGUAUCGAAAGUACACAAUUAGGGGGUAAAGGAAUGAUUCCAAAAACUAUUUAACAAAAAGGCACGUGUCUUUGUAUCUAUAUACAGGAAAUCCUAUAUAGAGCUUUAUUGUGUUCAAUUUUCUAUAGCGAUAGAGGACCUACUUACAUACAAACAUCUACAUCAGAACUUAGUUAUAUUUGCUGUCGUUGAUGUGUGUGCAAGUCAGUAUGUGCGUCUAUCCCAAGCUUAACAAUAAAUCAAUCAACGUCUUGCUAAAUCAA